AUGAAGCUAUCAAGCACCGUCGCGCUGCUCGGUGCAUCUUUGCCCGGAGUCCUCGCGUGGGGAAGUCUGGGACACAUCGCGACGGCGUACCUGGCCAGCCACUUCGUCGCAAACACGACCGAGAAUUUCUUCCAAGAACUCUUGCGUAACGACACCGAGCACUACCUGGCCGGCGUCGCGACCUGGGCCGACACGAUCCGGUACACGAGAUGGGGCCACUUCACGGGACCAUUCCACUUCAUCGACGCCCACGACAGCCCGCCCGAGUACUGUGGUGUUGAUCUCGAACGGGACUGCAAGGCCCAGGGCUGUGUUGUGACGGCCCUCGCCAACUACACCGCGCGGUCGCUGGACCCCGAGCUGAGCGGCUGGGAGCGCAACCAGGCCGCGAGGUUCGUCGUGCACUUCAUCGGCGAUAUCCACCAGCCUCUUCACAACGAGGACGUGGCCCGAGGUGGAAACGGAAUCCACGUGAAGUGGCACGGCACCGACUUCAAUCUGCACCACGUCUGGGACAGCUCCAUCGCCGAAAAGUUGAUUGGGGGCUCCCGCCGGAGGCCGUACGACAACGCGAAGCGGUGGGCGGACGAGCUGGCCGAGGAGAUUAAGACGGGAAGGUUUGCCGAGCAAAGAGAGGAGUGGCUGAAGAGCCUGGACUUCGACAAUGUCAACGCAACCGGGCUGCAGUGGGCGAGAGAGGGCAACGCCUUCGUGUGUACGCACGUGUUUCCCGAGGGGCCGCGUGCGAUCGCCGGACAGGAGCUCGGCGGCGAGUAUUUUGAGAAGGCAGCGCCGGUGAUUGAGCUCCAGGUGGCCCGCGCAGGCGUAAGGAUGGCCGCUUGGCUGGAUCUGAUUGCCGUCGCGUACCAAGAUCAAGCGAGAAAGGCCAGUGUGGCCAUGGAAGAGUUAUGA